AUGGUUUUCCGUGAGUGCAGUUGCAGUUUUAACGCCCACGCAAGCAAAAAGCAACAGAUGAGUCUUCCUGAGUCAAGAACCGAAAAGGGGGAUCAAAACGAACAAACGCCCUUUUUCAAGAAGAAAAAGAAGAAAAACUCUGAUCCGGCGAAAUCUUUUUCUGAAAAGAAGAGAGACUCCUGCUCUCUAGAGAGCGGCCAAAUUCUGAUUCUGUUGACCGGACGCCACCGAGGAAAACGCGUCGUCUUCAUCAAACAAAUGCGCCAAUCGGGCCUGUUGCUCAUUACAGGGCCUUACAGUUUGAACGGAGUCCCCCUCCGCCGCGUCCAUCAAAAAACCACAAUUACAACUACCACAUCUCUUCCGUUAUCGACCGAGGACUUCCAAGUGCCGCCUUUUGUCGACGACUCCUAUUUUUGCACGAAAAAGAAACCGAAAGCGACGCUGGAAUCAGUGCUAGAAGAUGUUGGUGACAAGGAAAAAGACGAAGUUAGCGAAGAGCGAAAAUCGCUGCAGCGAAAAGUCGACGAAGCGGUUUUAGACUCGAUCAAGCGGAUUCCCUACAUGGGCGACUAUCUCUCGCAGAAGUUCUCGCUUUCCAAGGGUCAAAUGCCGCACAAGAUGAAUUUCUGA